CUAAUUGAUAUUUUAUUUGUUUAACUUUAUAGUACAAAACACAUAACAAGUCCGAGAGUUUGAAAUGAAUAUCGUAAAUCAACAAUGGAUACAGAAAUUAAAAAUUAAAUACCACCGUGAUGUGUAUUGAGACGUUCUUACCUGUAAUCAGUUUUUAAUCAGCGAUACUUUUCAUUUAUGAUUGAUUUACGUGACGGGGCAGUUGUAAUUAAAUGGUCAAAUACAUUUCGAUUGUGGAGCUUAUAGAAGUAAAGAUUUUGACAUAAUGUUACUUUUAAACAUGGAGAAAGAUGGGGAUAAAAAUUGCUCACCAAGGAAACAUAUUCAUAACGCAAGAUACCAGUUAUGUAGAAGUGAUUGUAAACAUAUUAUGGACGCUUGGACUGAAAAUAAUAUGGAGUCUCCAAAAGCAUGUUUUAACAGAUUACGAAAAGUUGUUGACUUGAAACGAACUUCUAGUGACAGUGCUGUUCAAGAUUUGAAUAAAGCUUCACAUGUACCGAUUCCAUAUGGAAAAGCACCUUAUAGAUCCCGGAAAGCCAAUAAAAUUUUACAGAAAAAUCAGUCCACAAGACCGGUCCCCAGAGGAACAUGGAUACCAGGUGUUAAUGACGAAGAUAUCGUCAAACCAACACAUUUUAUGCCAUCUGAAGCACCGCCAUCCACAAUGAGACAACAUCAACGGCGUGUUCUAUCUGCUAGUUCUUGUCCAAAAAGUUUGUGUUCAUCAUUCAACAGUCGAUUCAUGCUUCCGGGAUAUACUUCUACAUCAGAUUCAUCAAGCGAGGAACCAAUCACAGUUAAAGACGAUACUGAAAUACACAUCCGCAAUCCAAAACCAUCAAAUAUCAGAAAGUCCAAGUCAAUGCAUGUUGGAACUUGCAAACUGAUUCAAGUGAGCGAGUGUAAAGAAACACGUUUUAGCACACUGCCUCGUAGGAUACCAGUUAACCCAAAGAAUAGUGCAAAAGAAUUGAAUCGAGUUCCAGUUUUUGAUCCCGAGGAACUGGAUUCUUCGAACAAUAAUUCUACGGACCUUGGGUUACCAGGUAUGUGCGACGUUACGCCUCGGCCUUUAUCGAAAGGUCAGAAAAGUUGUACGUGUUGUAGUCUAUGUGAAAUUAUGUCUCCUAGAUUAAUAGAUUGCAAUCCAAAUUCAAAAUUACAGAACUGUUCAUGUGAGACAUGUCUGUUUAACUCUAAAGGACGAACCGGAUUAGUGCAAUAUAAACAUGGUGACGUUAUAAAGACGUUCAAUUGGUUAGAACGGAAUGGCAAAGAAACAGAAUUGUGAAUGUGGUUUCAUGUGAUCCAAUUUUAUUAUAGAUUUUCUAAAUUUCUGUGGUAGGGUAAAAUAAAAAACUGAAACUGCUUUAAUAUAAAUAAUCUAUUUGCAUUAUUUAAGGUGAGUAUUAGGCCUUUAGAUAUUUAGUUUCAUAAUAGAACUAAUCAUUGAAUUACAAGUCACUUUUUAACAUACAUUUUUGUACGAGGCUGAAAACUUAUUCAAUUUAUGAUUGCUCAUUAUACACUGAUUAAAAUAUAGCAUACUUUCCAUUACAAAAAAAAGAGGAUUUUAGUAAGGUAAAUAUCAAACUUCAAGCUUGAUUACA